AUGUUGGAAGAAGGAAAUAAUGUUUACGAAAUCCAGGACUUGGAAAAGAGUUCUCCUAUAAUAGGCUCGAGCGUGGAGAACGAGAAGAAGGUUGCCAGCUCAGAAACCUUUACCGCAACUUCUGAAGAUGACCAACAAUACAUUGUCGAAUCAUCAGAAGCUACUCAGCUGUCACGUUUCCAAAGGUUCUUUGCCAGCCUAAAUGCUGAGACAAAGGGUGUCGAACCAGUCACAGAAGACGAGAAAACUGACGACUCUAUAUUGAAUGCUGCAUCCAUGUGGUUUUCAGCCAAUAUGGUCAUUGCAGCAUAUGCUCUAGGUGCCCUAGGUCCAAUGGUAUUUGGGUUGAAUUUCGGUCAAAGUACUUUGGUUAUCAUUUUCUUCAAUAUUAUAGGUUUAGUGUCUGUUGCAUUCUUUUCUGUUUUUGGUGCCGAAUUGGGUUUAAGACAGAUGAUUCUUUCCAGAUAUUUGGUCGGUAAUGUUACGGCAAGGAUUUUCUCCUUCAUUAAUGUUAUUGCUUGUGUUGGUUGGGGUAUUGUGAACACAUCUGUUUCCGCUCAACUGUUAAACAUGGUGAAUGAAGGCUCUGGUCAUGUCUGUCCUCUUUGGGCCGGUUGUUUGAUCAUCAUUGGUGGUACUGUGCUUGUGACAUUCUUCGGUUACAGUGUCAUCCAUGCUUACGAAAAAUGGUCAUGGGUGCCCAAUUUCGCCGUCUUUUUGGUCAUUAUUGCUCAACUUGCCAAAUCAGGAAAGUUCAUGGGUGGUGAAUGGGUAGGUGGUUCUACUACUGCCGGUGGUGUUCUAUCUUUUGGUUCAUCUAUUUAUGGUUUUGCUGCAGGUUGGACCACAUACGCCGCUGAUUACACUGUAUACAUGCCAAAGAAAACAAACAAAUACAAGAUUUUCUUUUCCUUAGUUGCUGGCCUAGCGUUCCCUCUAUUUUUCACUAUGAUACUUGGUGCUGCCUCCGCUAUGGCGGCCCUUAAUGACCCAACUUGGAAGGCAUACUAUGAUAAAAACGCCAUGGGUGGUGUGAUCUAUGCUAUCCUGGUUCCCAACUCUCUAAACGGGUUUGGUCAGUUCUGUUGUGUUCUAUUGGCUUUGUCCACCAUUGCUAAUAAUAUUCCAAACAUGUACACUGUUGCUUUAUCUGCCCAAGCUUUGUGGGCACCUUUGGCUAAAAUACCGAGAGUUGUCUGGACCAUGGCUGGUAAUGCCGCAACGUUGGGUAUCUCUAUUCCUGCCACCUAUUACUUUGAUGGGUUCAUGGAAAACUUCAUGGACUCCAUCGGUUAUUACUUGGCUAUCUACAUCGCCAUUGCCUGCUCCGAGCAUUUCAUUUACAGACGUUCGUUCAGCGCUUACAAUGUCGAUGACUGGGACAACUGGGCUGCUCUACCUAUUGGUAUUGCAKGCACUGCUGCCUUAAUCGUCGGUGCCUUCGGUGUUGCCUUGGGUAUGUCUCAAACCUACUGGGUUGGUGAGAUUGGCCGUUUGAUUGGUGAGCAUGGUGGUGAUAUUGGUUUCGAAUUAGGUGCAAGUUGGGCAUUUAUCAUUUACAACAUCGCAAGACCUCUAGAAAUCAAAUACUUCGGCCGUUAA